AUGGCGGAGUGGUACGACUUUGAUGAGGAUUUCUGGGACGAGUACUACGGCGCGGAGGACGAGACAAACAUGGCAUCCCUCGCCAACGAUCUUGCCGAAUCCACCGUUCCCGACAUCAACUGGUCAAUCUUUGACGAAAAUCCAACCUCACGCGAUCUCCAACCCUUCGACUGGGAAGACGACUGGAUACUCUUCGAAUUCGAUCACGACGAAUACUACGACACCCGUUCUUCUAUUUCCAUCCGACCUGGUAAAUCCUCUUCUUCAUCUCAAUCUCCAACCCCUUAUCCUGCCAUCAUGGAUGAAGUUUCUGCCUCUCUCGCCUCCGCUGUCGCCACCCAACAGCAAUUCCACCAUGACCCUGUCGCCGUAUCGGCAAAGGGUGCUGCAGCAAUAGCUGCUUCGGAUUCUACCAUGACCGACGAUGUAGAUGACAGCAUCGACGGUGGAUUACGUAAGAAGCGACCGGAUAUUCAAAUCUCCCAGUCAUCGUCGUCUUCCGACAAGAAUAAUAAUACAGGCCAAACAUCCCGUUCGCAAAGCUCCGACCGCUCCGGUUCCAUCGGUACGCGGUCGCGGCGGUCUCGUACUCCGGUUCCAAACCCGAACACGGGCCCUCAGCCUGGAGAGGUUAUCGAGAUCCUUCACGAAGAUGCCGAAAAGAAGGUUGUCAUCGUUCACACUGGCGGUGUUUUGGGAAAACUACGGGUUAUUCGAAAGGAUUCUGUCCAACCUCCUGUUACCGCUGGACCCGGCCCUUCGCCGCUGAGGAAUUCGCUUAGUCCAUCCCCAGAUUCCGUCAGUCUCGUCGUCGACGCUCCUACACCGAAGUGA